CUGGCACAAGCUUUCUCUCAAGUCAGAAAAAAAGAAAGAAUUAAUACUCCUUAGUACUUUUGUUUUUAUUUUCCUUGGUAGUGUACAACAAAUUUGAAUGUUGUUGAAGGCUGAAGAGUGAUUCUAAAAUUCAUCUACCAAGAGAUAUAACUAAACAGUUGUGAAGGGCUUCUGAGAGGUGGAAACAUGGGUGACGUUCCCGAUGCAACAGUAUCACAGACUCCCUGGCACCAGCGAUGACAGCGAUUCCUCAAAUAUGAGAAUCGGACAAUGUAAGGGUGUGUUAGAAGACCGUGGAUACACCAUAAAGAAAAAACUUGGACAAGGAUUGUUUGGAACAGUGUUUCUGGUGAACAACACAGAUGAAGAUCCUUGUGCGAUCAAACAGAUGAGUUCAAGAGAUAAGAAUGAGCUGGACACAAUGCUAAAGGAAGUGACCAACUUAAAGGAUCUAAACCAUGGAUAUAUUGUUUCGUAUGUGGAUUCAUUUGAAGAUGUUAAAGGUGGAUACUUUUUUAUUGUGAUGGAGUACUGUGAAGGAGGUGAUCUUUUCAAGAAGAUGCAAACACAGAAAGUCAAUGGGAUUUUUAAAGAACAAGAGCUAGAAUCAGAAGACAGGAUGUUCUCUUUGAGCAUUUUUAAAGGGCCCUCGGACCGUAUGUUCAAACACAAGUUCAGCGGGACUAAAUCCAAGACUUUCCUGCACAGCCUCCCUGACCGCAAACAACACUAA